GAGGUCUAAAUAUUUUCAUUUAAAAAAAUUCACAAAUUCUUCCAACUGAACAUCAUCAUUAGUUUAAAAAGCAGUUUUGUUUGUCUUCUGAAUGCAUGUCAUCUUUCUGAGUGCUCUGAGGUCUAUAUAGUAGGGAAAAUGUGACCCUUGUUGUAAUCAGAGACCAUGAAUUACUAUGUAAAAUGUUGAUUGCAAACAGAAAUCCUGUUUCUACUCUAUUCCAUGCUGAAAUUUCCUUAAAGCUGUGCUGUGGCCUUCAACCAAAGCCUAAUUUUAAUUUUAAAUUAAUAGAAGUGAAUUUGCUAGUUAAGGGGUACAUAUGUACCUAAGUGGAGUUUAUUCCAAAUGCCGAGAAGAUGCAGAAAUGAGCAUCCUAAAAGAAACAUACUUCCAAAAUUGAAUCUGCUUUUCAACUGAAGAGGAUUAAUCUAUUCUGUUCACCUAAAUUCCCAUCAUGUUGGUCACUUUGGGACACUGCUAAAGCCAUUCAGAUCUCCCAUUUGUCUGGACACAGAAAACACCUAGUUCCUUAUUAUGGAAGUGUGACCACAUCUGUGAUGACAUCUCUUGACUCACAUGCUUUUGUUGUGAUAAACAUGCAGAAUCACUGCUGAACAACCAGUGCAAAUACUGUCCUCUGCUUUAUUCCAGUUUCUACGUGUUGCUCUUAUCAUGAGCCCAGUGAAAAAGAUGCAUGCUCAUCUUCCUAUUUGGGGCCACUAUUUAGAUGUUUAUGUAGCUACUGUAAAAAUAUAAUAUUAAGUAUUGCACUAGAAUGAGAUGUUCAAGGAGAUAAAAUCCUCAGAAAAUUAUUUGGGCAACAAUGAUAAGAUUAGAAAGUGACUUUUUUUGAGAUUUGUAAUUAGCAAGUGUCAGUCAUAGUUAGGUGUAAGACCAUUUAAAUAAUACUUCUUAUCUAUUCUUAAAAGCCUAAUGGAAAUGUUAGUUCUGUCUUGUGCCCUUUUAGGUUUUGCUACAGGUAUGGAAUUAGGUCUGUUUAUUACUUUAGAGAUAAUCUAGCCUACGAUAUCCUUAUUUUACACAUGGUUAGAUUGAACCCCAAAGAGGUUUUAUAUUUCACUUGAUUUUUUUUUCAGCUUAGGUAAUCAGGAUAUAAAUAAACAUAUGAGAUACCCAGAGAUGUUUUAAAUUCCUAUAUACUAAACUUCUUUUCUUAAAAUCUGCACUGUGUGGAGUUUAGGAAAUAAAACUCUUUGUUCUUCUCCUUCUUUUAUCUACGUGUUGUUCCACUGACUAAUAUAUCUCUUUUGACUCAUAGGUCAAAUACGAUAUAUUGAUUUCCACUAGAAUAGGUUAAUCUCAAUUUUAUUUAAUUAGUAAAGAUUUUCCAUAUGAUAACAGACAUGUACGCAGUUGAAAGCCAGAACCUAUAUAAACUGUAGUGCACCUGAUGCAAUUAUGAGUUAAAUUGUACUGUGGAUCCUUUAGAAAAAAUACAGUUUCAUUCCUAUAUUCUUCCACUUAGCCUUUCUUAAGGCUUACAAAGAGAAGGCUUUUUCUGCUUUCUGUUCAAUAGUUGCUAUCACAUUAAUCAAGUUUCGAUACCUAUCUUAUGUUGUAAUUCAUUGUGAUUUAGAUGUAGAUUUAGCCAGUGUGUAGCUAUUUAUUUGGACCUUUAGAGAUAGAGUCUUGCUGUGUCACUCAGGCUGAAGUGCAGAUGCUGGGAGUUUCAGCUGGCUGCCAGAGGGCUGGGGGAUAGGAGGCAGGUUGCCGAUCAGCAGAACACCACCUUUGUAAGACUGGUCCUGACAGAAGAGUUUACCUUUGUACAAAGUGUAUCUAUGUUGCCCUGGCAGGAAGUAAAAUCUGACUCCAUUCUUCUUAAAGUUGAGUCUCUAUGAGUGGCCAUUAGAGCACCUUCAUUCUGUACAACAGUCAGUGAAUUAAUUCUUUUUAAAGCAGGCAAGUAGGCUUUACAAUUCUGUGUUAAAAUAAGAAAUAUGAUAUUAAUUUAAGAGUUGAUCUGGUAAAGGCUAUAAUUGCUUGUUCAAGGAUGUGUUAAAGGUUAAAUUGAAGCCUUGACAAGUUCAUAUUGUAGCCAAAGCAUUUGAUGGAUGCUGUAUACAAAGGACUCGGAAAUAGUUUUCCUACCCUAUACUGGGGGAUACAUGUAAUAUGGGAUAUUUUCUCCCCAUAUAAAGUCUUAAUUUGUGUUCAUGAAUUGUGGUUCUUAAUUAAUUGGUGAGUAAUAAGAGAGAGCAUAUAUGCAGUAUACCAAUCAAAAAUGGGUGGAAGUUUUCCAAGAUAUAUUUCCUUCCUAGAUAUUUAUUUUUAACUUUGAGAAUUUCUGAGAGGUGGCGCUGGUACAGAAUACUUUUCCUGAAUAUGUCACUUGGGAAGCGGUUUUAUAAUACACAUGUUUAGAUUCCCAAAUACAAAAGAAGAAGGAAAAAGAUUUUAUGGAAACAUAAGGGAAUGGUUAUAAUUUGUUUCAUCAUUUUAAAAAUGUAAAGAUAAUUAAAAUACCAGUGUAUGUAUAAUUAAGGUGUUUUUCAUUUGGUCCUCCUAUUUACAAUAAGUAUAUACAUUUUUGGAAUGUAAUUAUUUCAAAGCAAAGAAAAGGAAAUGAGACAUUUACAUAAAUGAGCACCUAAUUGUACUCUGAAGUUAUUUCUCUGCUGUUAUAAAAUUAACCCAUUAAAAACUGGAAAGAGAGAUACCCAACCAAGAGGCUUAGUGCUAACUGGAGACUUAAUUUUUCACCCGAAAUGCAAAGGAUCCUGGGGUUCCCGACAGCUUUGUUUCUGGGGUCCUAUAGCGCUUUGUUCAAAAUGAAUGCAAAGAGUAUUUACACUGGCAGGAUAAGCUGCAGUGCCUAAUGUCUGGAUUCUGGACCGCCUGGGAUUGAAUCCUGGCUCCUUCACUUUAUUAUCCAUGUGACUGUGGGCAAGUUACUUAGCCUCUUUCUAUUUUAGUAUUGUCACUAAAAAUGGAAGUAGUAAUGACACCUACCUUGUAAGGUUGCUUUGGGGAUGAAAUUAAUUCAUACUUGUAAAAUGUUUAGAACAAUUGAUACCCGGCAUGAAGUAAGUGCUUUCUGAGAGGCUUAGCUUUAUUAUUGUUAUGGUAAACACAUGUUGUCUUGUUUUUAUUUUUACUCAAAACGUAGACACAUUAUGCUUGCUUACCUAAGUUUAAUUAAAGGAGACGUUAGUGUGAUAACUAAUAUUGUAAUAAAAAACAAACAAACCAAAAGAAUUAAACUCCCUGCCCCCAUCCCAGUGUAGUUUUUAAGUUGGGUUAUAGGAAUUUUGAUGCAGUGUUUCAUGUGGUUUUGAUUCUUGCAGUUGCCACCUUAAGAAUGGCAGAUUGCUGACUAAAUGUAAAUCAAACAGGAAACUACUAUAAGUUACAUAAUUGCACUGACUGCUUAAACCUUUAUUGGGAACUUGACUUCUGAAUACAGAUCUUCUCUUAUUAAAAGCAGAGCUGCCUUUGCCAUAUCUCAGCAACCAACUGCUUUUUCAAGAUGUCGAUUUUUAGUACAAGAUAAAGGGUCAGUGGUAUGUUAUGUAAGUUCUUCUUUUCAGUGCAUUAUUAUCUUCUAUAUUGACUGCUAAUUUUUUGGCUUAGUACUAGUCAUUAAAUUCUAGACAUGGGUGAAAAAUUUGUCAUUGGGCAGUUUAUUUAUAUGAUAGGAUUUAAAAUUUUAGAUUUAUGAAAUUUCCAAAUACAUAUCUGUGGGCUAAUGUAAAUACCGUAUGCGCCUCUUUUAUAACAUAUUCCCCCCCAAACCUUGUAUUUUAUAGGCAAUCAUGAAACUGAUAUGGGUACAACCCAGUUUUAUUUUUAGUACCUUCUAAACACUUGAUAUGUCAUUAGCAGUGAAUUGGAAGGUAAUUGUUAAAAGCUAUAUUAAUUCCAGCAUUAAAAUAUAAACAUUUCAGAAUCCUUUGAUUUGGUCAGCUCUGUUAGAGCACUUUAAAAGUCAAGAGAAAUUAAUAUUUGGUAACUUUUGUCACGUGGGGCAUUGAAAAUAAGUGCAUUUACAUAAGGAUUUCAUUUAGCUUUCAAAGCUUAAGUUAUAAAUUAGAUGCUUUUAUGUAGGAAUGAAAUAACAUUUACUAGAAAAAAUAUGCUUUUUGUUUUUUAUUGUCGUGGUCUAUACCUACCAGUGCCAUCAACAGUUCAGAGCAUACAUUCAAGAAACAAAGCUAUUAGAGCUUUCUGCCAAAAGGACUUAAAGUCAGGACUCCCAAUAAAGGGUUUUAAGAAGUGAUGGAGAAGGGAGGAAAAGGACCUCGUCUUCCUGCAGCAAUGAGUCCCUAAGCGUGGGUGGAACCUCUGUCACUCCUCGCAGGAUCUCCUGGCGACAGCGCAUUUUCCUCAGGGUUGCUUCUCCCAUGAAUAAAUCUCCCUCAGCAAUGCAGCAGCAAGAUGGAUUGGACAGGAGCGAGCUGCUGCCACUGUCCCCUCUCUCUCCAACCAUGGAGGAGGAACCGCUGGUUAUAUUCCUGUCUGGGGAGGAUGACCCAGAAAAGAUUGAAGAAAGAAAGAAAUCAAAAGAACUGAGGAGUUUGUGGAGAAAAGCUAUACACCAACAAAUCUUGCUGCUUCGAAUGGAAAAAGAAAACCAAAAACUUGAAGGAGCAAGCAGAGAUGAACUCCAGUCCAGAAAAGUUAAAUUAGACUAUGAAGAAGUUGGUGUGUGUCAGAAAGAGGUCUUCAUAACCUGGGAUAAGAAGUUGUUAAACUGCAGAGCUAAAAUCAGAUGUGAUAUGGAAGAUAUUCAUACUCUUCUUAAAGAAGGAGUUCCCAAAAGUCGACGAGGAGAAAUUUGGCAGUUCCUGGCUUUACAGUACCGCCUCAGACACAGAUUGCCUAACAAGCAGCAGCCUCCCGACAUAUCCUAUAAGGAGCUUUUGAAGCAGCUCACUGCGCAGCAGCACGCGAUUCUCGUGGAUUUAGGAAGGACAUUUCCUACUCACCCUUACUUUUCAGUACAGCUUGGGGCAGGGCAGCUGUCACUGUUUAACCUCCUGAAAGCCUAUUCUUUGCUGGACAAAGAAGUGGGUUACUGUCAGGGGAUCAGCUUUGUGGCUGGAGUCCUGCUUCUACACAUGAGUGAAGAGCAAGCCUUUGAAAUGCUGAAAUUCCUCAUGUAUGACCUCGGCUUCCGCAAGCAGUACAGACCUGACAUGAUGUCGCUGCAGAUUCAAAUGUACCAGCUGUCCCGGCUCCUUCAUGACUAUCACAGAGAUCUCUACAAUCACCUUGAAGAAAAUGAAAUCAGCCCCAGUCUUUAUGCUGCCCCCUGGUUCCUCACAUUGUUUGCCUCUCAGUUUUCAUUAGGAUUUGUAGCCAGAGUUUUUGAUAUUAUUUUUCUUCAGGGAACUGAAGUUAUAUUUAAGGUUGCACUCAGCCUGCUGAGCAGCCAAGAGACACUUAUAAUGGAAUGUGAAAGCUUUGAAAAUAUUGUUGAGUUUCUUAAAAGCACGCUACCUGAUAUGAAUACCUCUGAAAUGGAAAAAAUUAUUACCCAGGUUUUUGAGAUGGAUAUUUCUAAGCAGUUGCAUGCCUAUGAGGUGGAGUAUCAUGUGCUACAGGAUGAGCUUCAGGAAUCUUCAUAUGCCUGUGAGGAUAGUGAACCUUUGGAGAAGCUGGAGAGGGCCAAUAGCCAACUGAAAAGACAAAACAUGGACCUCCUAGAGAAAUUACAGGUAGCUCAUGCUAAAAUCCAAACCUUGGAAUCAAACCUGGAAAAUCUUUUGACAAGAGAGACCAAAAUGAAGUCUUUAAUCCGGACCCUGGAACAAGAAAAAAUGGCUUAUCAAAAGACAGUGGAGCAACUCCGGAAGCUGCUGCCCGCAGAUGCUCUCGCCAAUUGUGAACUGUUGCUGAGAGACCUAAACUGCAACCCUAACAACAAAGCCAAGAUGGGAAAUAAGCCAUAAUGGCAGAGGCACAGCCUCAGCAGAAAGUGCUCCUUAGAAUACUACAGAAAGGAAGAGCCUGCAUGCUGCUGGCCAGAGGCUGGACCCUGAAGGUGAUGGAACCACCUAACACUGGUGCUGAGCUUCUAGUGGCAGCAGGUGGGCCUCGUGCUCCUCAGAGCAUGCCAGUCCUAAGCCAUUGGACAUACGUGGACUGGUUUUUGUUGUUGUUACUAUGUACAUAUAUAUAUAUAUAUA